AUGUCUACAACAUCUUCAGCAUCACAACCAUUAAUCCCAUCAACUCGUUCAAAAUCAAUUUCAAAUGAUAGAAAACCACGACGAAGAUCAUUUUUAGACUUUGGAGGUUCAAAUAGUUUAAAUAAUUUUGCAUCAUCAUAUGAUCGAGCUCAAAAAUAUAGUGGGACGUCGUUUAUGGAGGGAUAUGAUGAUGAUCAUAACAACGAAAAUAAUCAUUAUAAUAAUCAAGGACAAUUUAUGAAUUUUGAAUCAUCUAGUUUAUUACCUUCUGAUAGACCAAUUUCUCCAUGUGAUGAAGAAUCAUAUAUAGGAGAUGAAGAAAAUCAAUUACCACAAGGUGAAAAUAGAAUACGGCAUUUUCAAUUUCCUGAUCAGUCAUUAAGAGAUAGUAACGAUUCAAAUAAAUCAAAUAAUGAAGAAGAAGAAGAAGAAGAAGAAGAAAAUCAUGAUGAUGAGUUUACUCCAUUAAUUCCAACUAUUUCAAAAAAUAGUAUUUCAUCAUCAUCAAUUACAAAAUCAUUUAUAUUAAAAAUUGGAAAUUCAACAUCACUUCAAACUAUUUUUAAUUCAAUUAAUACAUUAGUUGGUAUUGGAAUGUUUUCAUUACCAUUUGGUUUUAAAUUAAGUGGUUGGGUUAUUGGUAUAUUUUUAUUAAUUAGUUCAGCAUUAGUAACAAAUAUAACAUCAAAAUAUUUAGGUAAAAUUUUAAAAUUACAUCCAAAUUUAAUGACUUAUGGAGAUAUAUCUUUUAAAUUUGGUGGUAAAUUUUUUUCAAUUUUAAUUACUUUUUUUUUCAUAAUUGAUUUAUUUGGAGCUUCAUUAAGUUUAAUUAUAUUAUUUAGUGAUUGUUUUUUUAUAAUUUGGGAAAAUUUAAAAUUUUUAAAAUUAAUUUGUAUUUUAAUUAUUUUUAUAACAAGUUUUUUACCAUUACAUAUAUUAUCAAGAUUAAGUCUUUUUGGAAUAUUUAGUACAAUUGGUAUAAUAUCAAUAAUUAUAAUAAGUGGAUUUAUUAUAAAUGAAUUUCCUGGUUCAUUAAUUAAUUUUGCAGAAACUUCAAUUUAUCCAACUAAUUUUAAAAAUUUUUGUUUUAGUUUAGGUAUAUUUAUGGCUCCAUGGGGUGGUCAUCCAGUAUUUCCUGAAUUAUAUCGUGAUAUGAAAAAUCCAAAAAAAUAUAAUAAAACAAGUAAUAUAUCAUUUUUUAUAACUUUUAUUUUAGAUUUUACAAUUGGAAUUAUUGGAUAUUUAAUGUAUGGAAAUUUAGUUGAUGAUUCAAUUAUAAAAAAUAUAAUGUCAAAUUCAAAUAUGCCAAAUUGGAUUAAUCAAAUUUUAUAUUUAUUAUUAGGUAUAUUACCAAUAUCAAAAUUACCAUUAGUUACAAGACCUAUUAUUACAACUUAUGAAAAUUUAUUGGGAAUAUCAAUUCAUCAUCAUCAUCAUCAUCAUCAUCAAAAGCAAAACAUUUUUAAAUCAAAAAAUAAAAAAUUAAUAAGAAUAAUAAUGAGAAUUUUAUUUUGUAUACUUUUAUUAUUAAUUUCAAUUUUAUUUAAAUCUUUUGGUAAAUUAAUUUCAUUUUUAGGAAGUGCAAUAUGUUAUACAGUUUGUUUAACAUUACCAUUAUUAUUUUAUUUAAAAUUAAAUUAUUCACAAAUUGAUAAAUUUGAAAAAAUUUUAAUAUAUUUUGGUAUAAUUGUAUCUAUAAUAUUAAGUAUACUAGGAACUUAUGCUUCAAUUACGGUUAGAUUUUGA